AUGUCUCCAAGCACGGACGUCGCCAUGACAAAUAACCGUAAUAGCAGCAUGUUGGAUAGACAUCAUCCACACACCCUUUCUACAUUGGAUUUCCAAGGUGCGAGUUAUGCUGCGGCGGCAAAAUCGGUCAAAUCUGAGCUGGACCAGUUAAAGACCGAAUCCAAGGACAAGAUGUUCCAAAGCCAAAUGGAUGCAUUUUAUCUCUUGUUUACACGAUUUCUUGAUGAACGUGCCAAGAGAUGCAAGCUUGAUUGGGACAAGAUUCAAUCACCCUCACCCGAGCAAAUUGUGCGCUACCAGGAUAUUCCAGAAUGUAAAGCAUCCCAAGAUCUUCAAAAGCUUGCCGUGUUAAAACUCAAUGGUGGCCUUGGAACAACCAUGGGAUGUGUGGGUCCCAAAUCGGCCAUUGAAGUGCGUGACGGCAUGAGUUUUCUUGAUCUAUCGGUGCGCCAAGUCGAGUAUCUUAACAAGACCUAUGGUGCCGAUGUCCCAUUUAUCUUGAUGAAUUCGUUCAACACCGAUGAAGAAACCAAGCGCAUUGUGAAAAAGUACGAGCGUCAUAGUGUUACUUUGCGUACAUUCAACCAAAGCAAGUACCCACGCAUCAAAAAGGAGUCAUUUUUGCCAGUGCCUCGUUCACCCGAUUCACCCAUUGAUGAAUGGUACCCUCCUGGACAUGGUGAUUUGUAUGAAAGCUUGUAUCAAUCAGGUGUCCUUGAUGAAUUGCUUGCCUCUGGUAAAGAGUACCUCUUUGUAUCGAAUGUGGAUAAUCUUGGUGCAACGGUGGAUUUGAACAUUUUGCAUUACAUGGUGGAAGAAGACACGGACUUUAUUAUGGAGGUGACUGAUAAGACAAGGGCUGAUAUUAAGGGUGGUACGUUGAUUGAUUACGAUGGCAAGAUUCGUCUUCUUGAGAUUGCUCAAGUACCCGAUGAGCACGUGGAGGAUUUCAAGUCCAUCAAGAAAUUCAACAUCUUCAACACCAACAACAUUUGGAUCAACCUACGUGCUUUAAAGCGAUUGAUGGAUCAAGAUAAUAUGGAUCUCGAGAUCAUUGUCAACAACAAAACAACCGAUAGUGGCCAAAAGGUGAUCCAAUUGGAGACAGCAGUAGGUGCAGCUAUCAAGCACUUUGGUAAUGCACGUGGUGUCAAUGUGCCUCGAUCCCGUUUCUUGCCUGUCAAAUCCACCUCGGAUCUCUUCCUCGUCACCUCCGAUUUGUAUAAGCUUGUCCAUGGCCAGCUCACGAUGAAUCCUCAGCGUAUGUUCCAUACCGUGCCACUCGUCAAGCUUGGUGAUGAAUUCAAAAAGGUCAACAACUUUUUGUCCCGGCUCAAGACCAUCCCCCACAUUCUUGAAUUAGAUCAUCUCACUGUCACUGGCGAUGUUGUCUUUGGUUCCAAUGUCACACUUAAAGGGACCGUUAUUAUUGUCGCUAAUCAUGGUGAGCACAUCGAUAUUCCAUCUGGUGCCGUUCUCGAGAAUAAGAUCGUCACAGGCUGUCUUAGAAUCCUUGAUCACUAG